CUUGUUCAGGGGGCAUUCUCUGUGUCCUGUGGUCUUACAUCAUGAUUGUUGCCUUGCUUUUUCAGGGCUGCCUGCAUAAACAUGAGGAACUACACCUUUGUGACAAAGUUCAUGCUGUUGGGAAUUCCUGACACUGAAGGGCUGGAGAAGGUGCUAUUUGUCUUAUUUCUGGCCUUCUACCUCUUCACCUUGCUGGGCAACCUGCUCAUUCUUCUGGCCAUCCUCACUUCCUCCAGCCUCCACACCCCCAUGUAUUUCUUCCUGGGAAACCUGUCUGUGUUUGACAUAUUUUUCCCUUCAGUGAGUACCCCCAAAAUUAUGCUCUCCUUAAUGAGGCAAAGCCACACCAUCUCUUAUGAGGGCUGUGCCUCUCAGCUCUUUUUUUACCAUGUCCUGGGUGGCACUGAGUGUUUCCUAUACACUGUGAUGGCAUAUGACCGCUUUGUGGCAAUUUGUCACCCUUUACGAUACACUGCCAUCAUGAACCGCAGGGUGUGUGCUGGCUUGACAGUGGGCACUUGGCUGGGAGGCUCUCUCCAUGGAAGUAUCCUCACAUUUCUUGUCUUUAAGUUACCCUACUGUGGCCCCAACGAAGUGGACAAUUUUUUCUGUGAUAUUCCAGUGGUGCUGCCUCUGGCCUGUGCGGACACCUCUCUAGCACAGACUGUGAGUUUUACUAACGUGGAUGUUGUGACUCUUGGAUGCUUUUUCCUUAUCCUGACAUCCUACAGUCAUAUCGUCCUUUCCAUUUUGAAAAUCAGCUCCUCAGAGGGCAGGCGCCGGGCCUUUUCGACUUGCAGUGCCCACUUUCUUUCGAUCCUCUUGUUCUACGGGCCGGUGAUGCUCAUCUACCUUCGGCCUGCUUCCAGUCGCUGGUUGGAUUCUGUUAUUCAGGUGUUAAAUAAUAUCGUCACGCCUUCCCUUAAUCCUUUGAUUUACACCUUGAGAAACAAGGAUGUGAAAUUGGCCCUGAGGAAAGUGCUAACUCAAACAUUUCACACUUCUGGGGUAUCAUAAGGCUUAGGAGCCAUUGCUCUCAAAUUCUUUGAGGAGAUGCUUCACAUCCACUAACCUUACAACGAGAUUACUGCCAAAUAAUGAGCUGGGCAAAGUUACUAUGGGGAAUCUUUUUUGUUUUUUGUUUUGCAUCAGUUUACUUUAUUCUACAUGUUUAGAGAUAUCAUUACGUUUGUAAUACUGCAAUAAAAAAGAAUAUGGUGCUUUUCCACUUUGGUGGGGGGUUGCUGCUUUCUUUUUUUAUUGCAUUUUAGGUUUUGGGGUACAUGUGAAGGUACACAUGUGGCAGUGUGAUUUUCUGCCUUCCUCCCCUUCACCUAUAUCCUGCAUUUCUCCCCAUGCUAUCUCUCCCUAACUCCCUACCCCCCGCUGUCCCUCCCCUAAUUCCCCCAACAGACCCCAGUGUGUAGUGCUCCCCUCCCUGUGUCCAUGUGUUCUCAUUGUUCAACACCCACCUAUGAGUGAGAACAUGCAGUAUUUCAUUUUCUGUUCUUGUGUCAGUUUGCUGAGAAUGAUGGUCUCCAGGUUCAUCCAUGUCCCUACAAAGGACAUGAACUCAUCGUUUUUUAUGGCUGCAUAAUAUUCCAUGGUGUAUAUGUGCCACAUUUUCCCUGUCUAGUCUAUCAUCAAUGGGCAUUUGGGUUGGUUCCAGGUCUUUGCUAUUGUAAACAGUGCUGCAAUGAACAAUCGUGUGCAUGUGUCCUUAUAGUAGAACGAUUUAUCUUUUGAGAGGCUUAAUGGUCACAUGGUAGAGAAUGAGUGGCCUUCUUUCAUGAGCAAACGCUCCCAGAGGCCUCCCCAGGAAGGCCAAGGGGGAGCCAGCAUUUCACAUGGCAGGAGAAGGAGGAAGAGAGGGAGGGGAGGAAUUGUCACACAUUUUUAAACAACCAGAUCUCCUGAGAAGUCACUCAAUAUACAGCACAUAGAGGGGAUGAUG